GAAAAAAGAAAAAGCGCAAAGAAGCUCAGAAGAAUAACAUUGAUAGUGCUCCUUGAAAAUCAUGAUCGCCUGGUAAUAAGCAUCUACCGAAAAUAAUUUUUCUGUAAAAGAUUGAUAUAACUGUGAAUGAACACCAUGCCUACAUGAAUUAGGUUAAAAAAUAUUUGUAUUCGAAACGCAGUAAAGUAUAGCAAGAAACAUGUCUUACAACUCUAACUUAUAAUGCUUUCCAAAGCUCGAUUUUCAUUCGUUCAGGAAAAUUUAAAGGUGUCGCGACACUGUCUGCGUGUACGUGAAUAAUUAUAGAGAAAAAUACCAGCAACGCCUUGCCGAUGCAGUCCUUUUCCAGACAUUACUUCAUACGGAAGCUAAUAACGCGUGGUUCGCGUUACUAUUUGGAAAAUCAAUAUUCCAUACAAUUCAUGGGCACUCAAAACAAUGCGAAAACUUUUGGCAAGUUUCGGAGUUGCUGCUAUACUGUUGCUAGGACCCGUCUACAUCCAGGAGACAUUUUCUCAAUCGGAUCCAACUUUUCGUAUUCUAGCACCGAAAUUUAUCUGUGAAAAUUCCCAAUCAGAGGUACUACACGCAAACACGACUGCUACUUCGAUUCCGAGUAAUCACCAAAUAACUAUCGGCCUCCAAACGACGGGUGGCCAACGGCUGCGCUAUCGUGUGACCAUACAUUACACUCUGCUGAACGGUUUUGUCAGUCAACGACACACGCUGCUAUUAUGGCGCAGUAUUCGACAGCUCGAACGGCGGCUCGAAAGCAGCCAUGAGCAGAUUUCCGAAAGUAACCAAAUAGCAAUCGCCAACAAUGACUUAGUGCCCAAGGUAAUCUACACGUUUAAAAUCGUCGGUGAAGAUGAAGCAGGGAUACUCAGUCAGUCCCAGAACUUUAACGUCACCUAUCGAGGCAAGCAUACAGGAACCGCCGUAGAUCAAAACGGUUCGUCAGCCAGUAAUGACAUUUCGUUGAUUUUGCUUGGCUCAGAGGUCACCUAUCCGGACGUACCAUACCUAGUGACGGCGAAGGUCAUUUUCUGCGAGGCUCGAAAUGACUACAAACUCAAUUGGACAGUUUCGGAACUUGUCGUGAGUCAGUCCAAUUUGCUGGAAAUUCCUACCGGUGUGUUACAACCGUAUACCGAUUAUAGCAUCACGGCUACCGUUUUCAGUUCAGAACAGGAUGGCGGUCAGCUAGCGAAGGCCGGAAUAAAACUUACCGUUUUGAAUCGAGCUCCCCGACUGGUUCUCUAUCCGAUAAACUCAACGGCCGUGUUCGCGCAGCCUGUGUUGAUUGAAGUCGGCUUCAAUAAAGCCGCAGGUACCGACAUCAGCUGGAGUUGUGAGGACUCGACAGGAGAUCGAAGUUGUUCCGAUGAUUUGAUUGCUUCUACCAAUUCGGUAGCGGUUUCUUUUCUAAAGGACGACAGCUAUAAACUAACCGCAUCAACUAGUAACAUCAGCUUUUCAUCAUACAUAACAGUAAGCGGCAAGUCCACUAUCAGUGUAACACUUCAGAAACUACCACCAACGUACCUUGUUCCUGGGCAACAAUAUGAAUUCGUUGCAGACGUCAGAGGUCUCGUCCCGAAGUGUGCCUGUAACUGGACUGUCAGAAAAGAGACCGGUUAUGCAUACUUUGAUCCGUCCAGCGUACAAUCUUUAGGGGGAAUUUUUAUCAAUGGCAUAGACGAAAACUUUCUCUCUGAGCUUGUAGAUUACGGAAACGACACGAUCGAGCGUGAAGUUAGACUAACCAUUCCGGCCUCAGCGAUAUCCUCGAAUCAAACUCUUCUAGAACCGGAUGUUUCAUAUAAAAUGAGUUUGGUUACCAACUGUCCAGAGCCAAUAAAUGAUAGCUUCAAUACCGGGAAUCCGAGAAAGAUGGUAACAAGUUAUUGGGAUAUGAUAUUAGAAACCAAUGGACCACCCAAGGGUAUGCUGUUGGUAAUCACACCUUUGGAAAAUGGAACGGCCCUGGAAACCAUGUUCACCUUGUCGGUGGGAGUCGCCAGAGACAUUGAGACCGAUCAUCCCCUGAGGUAUUCUUACUGGUAUGAAACGGCGGAAAAUUCUAUCAACAUCGCUAACUAUUAUGAGGUAAUGUCUACGGAAACUCAACUGCCUUUUUCCAGCGAAAAAAUAUCAACCUAUUAUAUAGUCUGCGAUUCUAGAGCAGCUUGCUCUCGGGUUAGUGGUCCCUCCGUAAGCGUUCAAUUUAACCCAUUUCUAGAACAGCGAAAGCUGCAGUUCAUGGUAGAUUCCGUGCGGCAUAGCUUCAAUAGAGCCAACUAUUACGAAGCUUGUAAAGUAGCAUUUGAAACGCUAUUAACAUUAAAAAAUCAGCAGUCUGGAUUCUACGACCUUAUAUUUGAGCAAAUCAGAACCACACUCGAAGUUGAGAUUCCCAAAAUCCAAACUGCAUUCCUGAAGCAAUCGCCUCCGAUAACCGAAGAAAAUGUUCUGCAAAUUGCCCAGCAAGUGAAGGUUCUUAUCGAUCUUAAGCAUGGAAGUAACGAUCAUCUCCUUAGUCAGCUCCUGGAACUAAUCGAUCAUGUGGAAAAAACUUCGAUACGUAAAAUCAGAUCACCAGAGCCCAAGCCAAUCACUAACGGGAUCGACACUAGCACUACCAAAAUUAAACUGUACGAAAGUUUGAUUGAUUCCCCAAAUGGAACCACACAAAGCAAGAACAUAGCAAAGGCUCAGCUGCUAAGCUACAUUCCGGAAGUUGCUCAUCGGCACUGUGACAAUCAACAGACCGGUUAUUCGGAUGACUGGUUUACUCUGGAAACUGUAAGAUUAAAGCCUACGUUGAGGAACGCUCUAAGAGGAUCCAUCCGGAUUCCUCAUAAUGCGCAAUUACCACAGCGUGCAACAAUAAGUGGCAUUGAAGCCGCUGCGCUGGACCUACAAGGAGACAGCUUAUCCUACCUGUGUUUGGGUACUGUCGCUUUCCAUAAAGAUUUACUGUCCGCGAUUGACCCCUCCCCGGAACAGACUCAUUUUCAACUGUUUCUAACUGUCGUUGAUAAAAACAAUUUGGGGGUGUUGGCUGUAUGGCCAGAAGGGCACUAUUCUUGGAAUAUCACCAUUAUGACUACGGCGAAUUCAGCAAAGCAAUACAGGUGCCAACUGUGGUUUGACCUCACCACCUGGACUGACGAGUUCUGCGAAAGUUCCUUCAAACCCACUUAUCUGAUCUGUAACUGUACAAGGCUCAGUUAUUUGAGGGUGAUUACUGCUGAUUCUACAGAAACCACCACUGAUACGGAUAUGCUGACAUUCUCAUCACUGUCAACAAUUUCAGCGGUAGAAACUCCAUUUGGACUUGCUGCCACAUCUAUUCCGGUUGUGGAAAGGCCUCAAACUACAAUGCUCGCUACCAACUCUACUGUAGAUGAAGUUAUUAAUCUUGAAACAAACAAAACUAGUCGCACUCGUAUAAGCACUGCAGCUAACCCACUGGGUUAUUCGAUCGUGGCAGCUUUGGCGCUUUGUGCACUACUAACGGUGACGGCGAUAAUUCUGUACAAGCGGCGCCGUCGGACGACCACUCUGACCGAAGAACUGCAAGGGAUGGCCGCCCGAGUACGCAGCCAGUCGCUACCGGUACGAUAUGCACGCUUCCAGGAUGAGCACAACAUGGGCGGAGAUAACGUUUCCACGAUAUCUGAUACGAUUACGAUUUGAGAGUGAAUCUAGUGUGCAAUAAUAAUCCUUCUUUUGAGAAUUGAUUUUUCUGGCUCUUCAAAUCAUGCUAUUAAAACUUUAAAGGCAAAU